UUUUCGUACCGAGUUGCUCGGCUCUUGGGUUGGCAGCCGCAAAAGCUUAACUUAGUUCUGAGCCGAUUUUCCCGACGCGCGGACGCCUUUUCAGUUGGCUCGCUCUUCGCCGCCUGUGUGUGCAUGCGUAAAGAAAGAUAAUUCCAGGCGCAUAAAAGUGAAGCGGAGAUUACAAUUUUCUUUUUUCGUGCGUCGAAACUGCGCAUGCGUGAACCGCACACGAAGCCGCAAAUGAAAAUAAAAGUGAAAUCCUUGGUGAACUAGUGGCAGGAUUGUAGCUCAGCUUGAUCCACUUACAGUGUCUCAUAAAAGUAUCAAUCAUAAGCCAGAAAGCGAAAGUGCAACUACCCCAUCGAAAGUGAAAGUCCGCGUGAAGCACCCCCUUACAUUCCAUUCACUUUGCCAUGUUGCCAUUACCCAGGCACUCCAAGGACACCUGGCUGCGGCUGCUGCUUCUGGGAGUAAUAACCUGCUUGAUAGCCCCUAGACAAGCUGAUGGCCUGGGAUAUCCGAGUGCCCAGCAGGAGCACGACAUGCUCAUCCUGGACGCCCUGUCACGCCGUAGUGGAACCGGAUAUUAUGGCGAGAACAGCGUGAUGGAGAUGCUUUCCCGAAUGAUACCGCAAUCGUGCCGCUUUCGUGGCCACAAGUUCGAGUGCGGCCUGUCCAUCUCAUGUGUCUUGGGCGGCGGCAAGCCCCUGGAUCUUUGCUCCGGCGGCAUGAUCUGGUCGUGUUGCGUGGACAAAGAUCUCGACGCCGAGGAGAGUCCGCAUGCCGCCCCGGUUAACAACACGAGCGACAUAAUACACUUGCAUGACAUUUAUCCCGACCUGUCGACGAACGCCAACAAGCCGCAACACCACCUGCACCACCACAGUGGCAACGGCCUGUCAGCGGGCCCAUCCACAUCAUCCACGGCGUCCUCCUCCGCACGACCAGCUUAUCCCAGCAGCAACUACUACGGCACCAAGCGACCAACCCUCUACAGCGGUUCAAAUCCCUACAAGCCAGGCUCCAGUGGGGGAUCCAGCCGACCAUCCUCCUCCUCCUCUGGCCUGAAUAGCUGGGAGCAUGAAAGUAAUGGCGGGCACUUGGGAUCCAUCAAUGGGAUAACCAACCAUCUGGACAGCUUCUUCGAUGCCGAAUCCCCGACUCCGUUGGAUUCCUCCGGCGCACCACCGCCUCACGAACCACUUCCCAACGCCCAGGCCUUUGCGGUGGGCAAUGUCUUGGACCUUAAUGCAGGCGAGGCGGCCGACGAAUACCAAAGUGGAAGCAGUGGUGGCUACCACGAUGCCAGCUAUCGUCCAGUGCCGGGUUGCGGCGAGGUAUAUACACGAUCCAAUCGCAUUGUUGGCGGACAUUCCACGGGCUUCGGAUCCCAUCCCUGGCAGGUGGCGCUGAUCAAGAGUGGAUUCCUCACCAGAAAACUAAGCUGCGGCGGAGCAUUAAUCUCGAAUCGAUGGGUAGUCACGGCUGCUCAUUGUGUAGCUUCCACUCCCAACUCAAACAUGAAGAUUCGCCUGGGCGAGUGGGAUGUUCGUGGCCAGGAGGAGCGGUUGAAUCAUGAAGAAUAUGGCAUUGAAAGGAAAGAGGUUCAUCCCCAUUAUAAUCCCGCCGACUUUAAGAACGACGUAGCCCUGAUACGUUUGGAUAGGAAUGUGGUCUACAAGCAGCACAUCAUACCCGUCUGCCUGCCACCUUCGUCUACGAAACUGACAGGCAAAAUGGCCACCGUUGCGGGCUGGGGGCGAACUCGACAUGGGCAGAGUACAGUACCUUCUGUAUUGCAGGAAGUUGAUGUGGAGGUCAUCUCCAACGAUCGCUGUCAGCGAUGGUUCCGUGCAGCAGGGCGACGAGAGGCCAUCCAUGAUGUCUUCCUGUGCGCAGGCUACAAGGAUGGCGGGCGGGAUUCUUGCCAAGGCGACAGCGGCGGGCCGCUAACGCUGACCAUGGAUGGUCGCAAGACUUUGAUCGGACUCGUUUCCUGGGGUAUCGGCUGUGGGAGGGAGCAUCUGCCCGGCGUCUACACCAACAUCCAACGCUUCGUGCCCUGGAUUAACAAGGUCAUGGCCAAUGACAAUGCGUAGGCGCCACUGCACCACUGAAACCAGAACCGGAAGACUGCAGUCACCGCUCGAGGAGUCCUGCAGUCGUGUGCGUCCGCUGCGGAGAUGCAUCCCGUUAGCUAGGCCAUGUGAUUCCUCUACGACUCGGGGUUGCUAGUGUAUAAGACCAAGGCCAAUGGGGCCUUGUAUUUAUUUUACCCAUAUUCCACUUCCCAUUGAUCCCUGCCCUCCACAUCAGCUCACUUCGGUUGAUCCUUUCGCCUUCCACUCGUUUCUCAUUGCAUUCCACGCAUUCGAUUUAAGUUUUCGAUAUUUAUUAUUCACUGUUCGACGAAAGAUUCCUACAUUUGAGAUCCACUUUCACUUACAUUUAUAUAUUUAUAACUUUAAUUAUGUUUUAAAUUACAAAUAAAAAAGUAUUAAAAUUAA